CCAGCGGCUUUCACUUCCGAGUUCCGUCAACACACGUGUGGAGUGGGAUAGCUACAGAAUCUGUUUAGAAUAAUUUUUUUGCCGAUCCAGUCUGCGUCCACAGUCCAGGAAACAUGUUGGAGCAGUUCGGGAUGAUCGGGACAAUCCGGGACGAGGACCAGAGUCCGGAAGAACCCGACACUGAGUCCGAGCAGGAGGACAAACCCAUUGUUCUGAACAGGAAGAAGAAGUUUGGGAGCCACGGGUCGAGAGACUUUAACUGUGACUUUGAGUUUGGAGAAAGAGACGGGCUGAACGUGGAUGAAGAUUGGACCAUGAGCGACGUCCUGAAACAGCUGAAGAAGAAGAGAACCAUCACAACUCUGGACCAGAAAAUAGAGAAAAUCCGGAAGAAAAGGAAAGCUGAGGAGAAAUCAUCUCAGAGUGUUGCUGCUGAAGGUUCAUCAGGGAAUACUGAGGAGGAGGAGGAUGAAGACGUAAAAGCUGAGCCUGCUGAUCACAGUGAUGAAGAUGACGAGGACGAGGAGGAGUUUGGCUCAAGUGACGAAGAGGUUCUGACCAAAUCAGACACCCUGAGAGAGAAGGAACGCCAUGGCAGGAAAAGGAAGGCUGAAGAGGAGGCUCAGCAGACGUUCUGUGAAGAUGCGUCUCAGUACGAUGAUCAGCUGACCUUUGAAAACAUGAACCUGUCCAGACCCAUCCUGAAGGCCGUCACAGCUUUGGGCUUCAAGCAGCCGACCCCGAUCCAGAAGGCCUGCGUUCCAGUCGGUCUGCUGGGCAAAGACCUGUGCGCCUGUGCUGCUACUGGGACAGGGAAGACUGCAGCCUUCAUGUUACCCGUGUUGGAACGUUUGGUUUAUAAACCUAGGACAUCCCAGGUGACUCGGGUCUUGGUUCUGGUUCCCACCAGAGAGCUGGGGAUCCAGGUUCACUCUGUGGCCCGUCAGCUGGCUCAGUUCACCUCCAUCACCACCUGCCUGGCUGUUGGUGGUUUAGACCUGAAGUCUCAGGAGGCGGCGUUGAGGGCGGGCCCAGAUGUUCUGAUAGCUACACCGGGCCGACUGAUCGAUCACCUACACAACACACCGAGCUUUGAGCUGACCCACAUCGAGAUCCUGAUCCUGGACGAGGCUGACAGGAUGCUGGACGAGUACUUUGAAGAGCAGAUGAAGGAGAUCAUCAGGUUGUGUUCCUACAACAGGCAGACGAUGCUGUUCUCUGCCACCAUGUCAGAGGAGGUAAAGGAUCUGGCCGCUGUGUCCCUGAAGCAGCCGGUCAGGAUCUUUGUGAACAGCAACACCGACGUGGCUCCGUACCUGCGGCAGGAAUUUGUCAGAAUCCGACCUCACAGAGAAGGAGACCGAGAGGCUGUGGUGGCAGCUUUGCUGACUCGGACCUUCCAGGAUCACGUGAUGUUGUUCACCCAGACGAGGAAACAGGCUCACAGACUGCACAUCCUGCUGGGACUGAUGGGCCUGAAGGUCGGAGAGCUGCACGGAGAACUGAGCCAGAACCAGAGACUGGAGAACCUCAGGCGUUUCAAAGAUGAGCAGAUUGACGUGUUGGUGGCGACGGAUGUGGCGGCUCGAGGUCUAGACAUCGAUGGAGUGAAAACGGUCAUCAACUUCACCAUGCCUUCAACGGUCAAACAUUACGUCCAUCGAGUGGGUCGGACCGCCAGAGCCGGCCGGUCAGGACGUUCUCUGUCUUUGGUCGGAGAGUCUGAGAGGAAGAUGCUGAAAGAAGUCGUGAAGUCUGCGAAGAACAGCGUCAAGGCUCGCGUCCUUCCAGCAGAGGUCAUCCUGAAGUUCAGAGAUCUCAUUUCUAAACUGGAGAAAGAUGUGGAAGCUGUGAUAAAGCUGGAGAGAGAAGAAAAAGAACUGGCUGCAUCUGAGGCAAAGUUGAGCGUGGCUCAGAAGCGUCUUGAUGACUCCACCUCCUGUCAAUCCCAGAGAGUUUGGUUUCAGACUCAACAAGAACGAAAACAAAGUCGCAUGGCGAAGGCUCUGCAGGACUUUGAUGUCGCUCUGAGAGGAAAGAAGAAGAGAGAAAAAUUCCUGAAAGAAGGAAAGAAGAAACAACAGCUGACGUCUGAGGAGCGUGCUCAAUUCGAGAUCUUGAAGGCUCAAAUGUUUGCUGAACGGGCGGCCAAGAGAGAGAGACGACCAAAGAGGGCGAGAGCGAUGGCCGAGGAAGAGACUACAGCAGCCACUCAGAAACCAGGACGAGGAAAAAGGAAGUCAACGUUUGAUCAGGAGCUGACGAACACAAGCAGGAAGACUCUGAAACAGUACAGAGCAGGACCAUCCUUUGAAGACAGGAAACGACUUGGACUGGACAGGAAGCGGUCGGGCAGCUCCAGGUUCAAGAAGAAGAAGUGAGGUGGACGGAGGACGACUUCUCCACAUGUUCGCUUUGUCUUCAUUCUGUAUGUUUGUCUUUGUUUCUGUUCUUCCACACAUUUUAAAUAAAGUUGAAUUGUGUAG